AUGGCAACCGCCCCCUCUCCCCGCGCGCCUUCCGAUGCAUUGCCAGAAAACGGCCAAACGCUUAACGCGCGCCGCACCUCCCUCGGAUUCCUCCGUCGUUCCAAAUCCACCGAACCUCUCGGCGAACGAAAAGUCUCCGGCCGCAAGAAGAUGUCCAGAGCUGAAAGAAUGGAGGACGAUCUGCGUCGUCAGCGCGAAUCUUACGCGCCUCGGAAUGCCCCCCGCCUGCCUGACCUCUCGCCCGCCCCACAGCUUGAGACAUUUGGAGGGGAGGAACGGGAUAACCUCCCGGCGGUGCCUCCUCUGCCUCGCCCCCAGUCGGGAUUUGCUGCCUCUCCCCCUCUGAGUUCGCCCAUGGCGGAUGUUAUCGACCCGUACGCUCGCACCGAGAGCAUGACACAUCGCGGCCGCUACAGCUACGCCAGCAGUGCCGUGAGCACUGUCAACAGUCCUCGUCGCGUCCGCCGUCGCAAGGACCCCACUCCAUACAACGUGCUGGUGGUUGGUGCUCGUAACUCGGGCAAGACAUGCUUCCUUAAUUUUCUUCGCAAGUCCCUGGAAAUGCCCCCGCAUAAGCACCCCUCACGUACCGCUGAGGAGCUUGAGGAGCUCGAGAGCCAGACCUCUGCCUACGAAGGAUUCACCUCGCAAUAUCUGGAAACUGAGAUUGAUGGUGAACGUGUCGGCCUGACCCUGUGGGAUUCAAACGGUCUGGAGCGCAACAUUGUUGAUCUGCAGAUGCGCGGUGUCACCGGUUUCCUGGAGAGCAAGUUCGAGGAGACUCUCGCAGAGGAGAUGAAGGUGGUGCGUUCCCCGGGUGCUAGGGACACUCACAUCCACUGCACGUUCCUGCUUCUCGAUCCCGUGCGCCUCGACGAGAAUAUCGCCGCUGCUGAGCGUGCCGCCAAUGGCACCCCCAAGACCUCCGACUCCCCCGUUGUCGGAGUCCUGGACCAGAACCUGGACCUGCAUGUGCUGCGCACCAUCCUGGGCAAGACCACCAUUGUGCCCGUCAUCAGCAAGGCUGACACCAUCACCUCGGCCCACAUGGGAUAUCUCCGCAAGGCGGUUUGGAGCAGCUUGAAGAAGGCCAACAUCGACCCGCUGGAAAUCUUGACCCUUGAGGACCAGGAGGAGUACACGUCAUCGGAGAGCGCCGACGAAGAGUCCAUUGCCGAAGUGGCCACCCCCCCUGAGGCCAGCGAACCUACGGAGUCUGCUGAGUCGAGAGCACCUGGCGAGACCGCCGAGACCAAGGAGGAGGACAAGGAGGACAAGGAGACUGACGCUGCCGAGGAGAAGCAGACUAUUCCUCGCGUUCCCUCUUCCCCCGCCAGCCUCAAGUCCAACCGAUCCGGGCCUUCCAACCCGCACGUGCCAUUCUCAAUCCUGUCCCCGGAUCCCCAUUCUCUGGCAUCCGGCGAGCAGCCCGUGGGCCGUCGCUUCCCCUGGGGUUUCGCCGAUCCCUACGAUGCGGAGCACUGCGACUUUGUGCGUCUCAAGGACUCGGUAUUUAGUGAAUGGCGAUCGGAGCUGCGCGAGGCCAGUCGUGUGGUCUGGUACGAGCGCUGGAGAACCAACCGCCUCAACCGUAACGGUCAGCCGGCACCUCUGCCGUCCAAGCAAUACGGCAAACAGUACGGCGGUCGCCUGGGCCCGAUUCGCGACGGUCGCCGCACGCGAUAA